AAUGGAACUUGUUCUGCUACCUUGUACAUGUUCUGCACAGAGACGCAUGCACGUAUGUGCACACGCGCACACAUGCAUAUGAUAUCAGCUUAAUAAAAGGGAGAGGAGCUGUGUGAAAGAAGACAGACACCCAGCUGUGCAGGCGAGCAAGCAGGCCGAAGAGACAAACAGAAACAAGCAGGACAACAACAACGAAGAAGAAGAUGAUGAUGAUGAAGAACCCCGUCAUUCUGAUGGCCUGCAUCGUUCUUUUGUCGUCUCUCGUUACGUCUGACAACACCUUCGGUCCAGACAAAUGCUGCUUUCAGUUCCUCCACAAACGUCUGCCGGCCAACAGAGUGGCGAGCAUUGAAUACACAGACAAGCGGUGUGCAAUGGAAGGCGUGCUCUUAAAGACGGUGGCUGGUAGACAAGUCUGUGCUGAUCCAACCAUGCAGUGGGUAAAAAAGAUCCUUGAAUCAUUCCAACCAAAGAAUGCCACCACCCCUGGGCACGAAGGAUCAGAAUAACCCAGUGUGCAAUGAACAUUUUAAUAACAGUAUAACCAAGCAGAUCUCUUGGUGUAUGAAUCUAUUUUCAAACCGUCAAAUCUUCAGAUUGAUUUUCUUUUCUUUGUCUGUGUAUAAGCUAUUGUAGAGCAAAACAUAUACUGAAAAUGCAAAAUAAAAAAAAUAAAAAAAUAAAAUGAAAGUUAUUUUUCA